AUGGAAGAAAAUUCCGGCUCCGGUGUGCCGUUGAGUUUUCAUGCCCUCGCGAAGUCCAGACGUGCGUCAAGUACAUCUAGUGCCUCGUCAUCCGCGUCUUCGAGUGCUGCACAUCAUCAUAGGAAGAAUCGCCGCCGCAAAUGCAGAAAUGAUAAGCGUAUGAAGCGUUUGGAAAAGGCAGUAGACAAUCUUACUGCCACCGUAAGUACUAUAGUAAAAGGUCAGUCAAUACAUUCUGUUCCUAAAAUGCACGAGAAUAGUGAUUCUGACGCGCUGUCUAUCUUGGUCCCCGACGAUUCGGAGGCUUCUUUUAGCCACGAUAAAACUGAAGGUAGUCAGCCCGUGCUCCAUAGUUUUGAUUUCAAGCAGGAAACUACCCUCAAAUCGACAAUUCCGAAAACUUCUACCUCUCAUGCAGAAACUUUGUGCAAGUUACAACACUUUGACACGAUUGAUUGGUCACAGAGUACAUCAUAUAGAGCAGAGAAGAGUAUACUCUUCGAAGGCGCGUUCCCGAGCUCCAACAGCGCCUGCGACCAGCUCCAACGCACCGUUAUCGCAAGGUCGAAAACGCCGGACAACUCCGUCAUUUUGUCGAUCGAUGGAGAAAGUGGGGAGCACCCGACCAUGUUC